CGCCAACGAGGCCCAUCUCCAGAGCCGCUUUUCUUUUCUCCCUGUCGUGAACGAAGGCAGCAAGUCCGCCGCACCCGCCUGCUCUUGCCUCUCUCUCUCUCUGUCUGUUCGGGACUGUUGCUGGCCAAACCAUGAUGAUGCUUCGCCUGUGGACAACCCUGGCUCUGCUCGUGGCCUGUGUGUCGGCAGUCAAGUUCGAGCUGUAUGCCGAGCCGCAUGGCCAGGAGGAGCAGUCUCGCCACUGCCUUGGCCAGUACAUGGGCAAGGACGUCCUUGUGGUGGGAUCGGUCGAUGUCGGCGAGAGCCCCUAUGCCCAGCAGGUCAACAUUGAGAUCAUUGAUACCAGUGAUGCAUCCAACAAGUAUUUCUCCAAGCGAUCGGCCUCUGGCAUCCAAAAGUUCUCUUUCACCACCCACGCCUAUGCUGAAGUCAAGUUCUGUUUCACCAACGUCCUCGAGCCUGGUAUCCACCCUGGUCCCCAGUACAAGAAGACGAUCCAGCUCCAUGUUGAUACCGGCGCCGAGGCCACAGACUACUCGGCCAUGAAAGAAAACGAGAACCUGAAGCCCCACGAGCUCGAGCUCAAGCGUCUGGAGAACAUGAUGAACGAGAUGGUCGGCGAGCUUGAUCAGCUCCAAUCCCUCGAAGCCCAAAUGCGCGACAUUAACGAAUCCACCAACGAUCGCGUCAAAUGGCUCAGCAUUGUCUCCCUGGUCUUCAUGUUCGCCGUGGGCGGCUGGCAAAUCUGGUACCUGAAAAAGUUCUUCGAAUCCAAGAAACUCAUUUGAGCGACAGACAGCAAGCAGCGAUCCCCGCGUCGGCGUCACUCUGAAGUGCAUGCUUCAUGAUAUAGAUAGCCAGCAACUCAAUAUAUUCCGAUAUGGAGCGAUGUGCUCACCACGGCUUU